AUGUCAACUACAGAAACAACACCUUCAGAUCAACAACUGAAAUAUAAAAGAAAUUAUAGAGCAUGUCUAAAUUGUCGAGUUCGGAAAGUUAAAUGUGAUUUAGGUCCGGUUGAUAAUCCUCAUGAUGGUAAAUGUGCAAGAUGUUUAAGAGAAAGAAAAGAUUGUAUAUUUGUUGAAAGUAAAAGAGGUGGGUCUAAUAAUGUUAUGAAUGGUAAAAAGAAGAAACAAAAAUUAGAAGAAAAUGUUGAAUUACCUGGUGUAAAUUCUAUUUUACAAGAAAAUCAAAAUAAUUUAAGCCAUUUACAACCAAAUCAAUCAUCUCAAUUACCACCACCAUUUGUUCAUCGCCAGCAGCGUCAGCAACUACAACGGCAACCGCAACAACAUCAUUCAAAUUUUCAAUCACCUUCUCAAUCUCAAUCACCACCACCCCAACUUCCACCACCUCAGCAGAAAGAAAAAAACAAUUUUUCAACUAUGGAAGGUGCUUUAGUGUUUUUAGCUAGUGCAGCAGGUACUUUUGCAAAAGCAGAUGAAAGAGAUCAUAUAGAUGCAAGAACCAAAUAUAAUGAAAUUGAAUCAAUGACUGAAAAACAAAGAAAUGAAACAAUACCACAAUAUAUUAAACCUACUGGAAAAAGGAUGACAAUGCCAGCUGCUGAAAAUGGAUCAUCAGUUAGACCAAAAGCAUCAACUAGAUUAGCUAAUAUUGAUUAUAUUGGUGAAAAUGGAAUUUUAACUGAAUCUGAAGCUGAAAAUUUAAUUAAUUUAUUUUUCACUACAAUGCAUCCUUUUUUCCCACAUAUUCCUAAAUUUUUACAUUCAUCAAAAGUAUUAGCUGGUUAUCCAAUUUUAUUAUGUGCUAUAUUGACUAUUUCAUCAAGAUAUCAUCCAUUUGAAAAUAAUAAUACAAAUACAGCUGUUCCAAGAAAUAUUGAAGUACAUGAUAGAUUAUGGCUAUAUGUUCAAAGAUUAAUUUCUCAAACAGUUUGGGCUGAAGCUAGUACUAGAUCUAUAGGUACAAUAUUUGCAUUUUUAUUAUUUACUGAAUGGAAUCCAAGAGCUAUUCAUUGGAGAUGGUCAGAUUAUGCUAAUAAAGCUGAAGAAGGAGCGGAAGCACCAGUAAAUGGAAGUCUUGCUGGUUUAGGUGCAAUGAGAAGAUCACAUCGAAUGGCUUGGAUGUUGAUUGGAAGUGCGGUUAGAUUAGCUCAAGAUAUGGGAUUUAUGGAAAUAAGUUCAAAGACAUUAAUUGCUACACAUAUAGCAGAGAUUAAUUCAGUGAUGGAUAUUUCAAGAAGAUCAAUGUUGGCUCAUUCAUUAUCCGAGUUAGAUUUAAAUGAAGAUGAAAUUGAAGAAGAUAUUGAUGAAGAAAUUGAUUUUAUAAGUGAAGAAGAAUUGAAGAAGAUUUUAGUUGAAUAUAAAAUUAAAUUUACUACUGCUCAAAAAGCUCAAAUUGAAUUAUUACAAAUUAUGUCAUUAGGUCAUGAAACAUUUUAUGGAUAUAAAGCUCAAUUGGGACAUUUAUCUCAACGUCAAAAUUUAUCCGUAUUAAAUAUUAUAAGUCCAUUGAUCAAUAAUUGGAGUAGAAAAUAUAAACAGUAUCUUAUUCCAACUACAGGUAAAUUGUCAAAACAUAUAAAUCAAUGGUCAAAAUUAAGUCCCAAAAUUAUUUCUGAAAUCAAUGAAAGCAUUCAACAAGAAUCUUUUAUAUUUGAAUUCAAUUAUGUUAAAUUAUAUAUUUAUUCAUUAGCAUUAAGUCCAUCACCAACAUUAGAAAAGAAAAAUUUAAAAUUGGAUGAAUUAUCAAAAAGUGCUAGAUUUAUUGAACAAGCGUUUAAUGCAGCAAAUGAAAUGUUAAAUGCAGCUCAUAGAAUUCAUAAAUUUAAAAUGUUAAGAUUUAUGCCUGUUAGAUGGUUAACUAGGUUAGUUCGAGCAGUUGCAUUUAUUGUGAAAUGUUAUUUAACAAUUACUGCACAACAUAAAACUUCAAACUUUAGUACAAAAGUAGGUUCAAUUUUCCAAAGCAUGAGUAACAAUGAAAUAUAUGAUCCAACUGUUUUAAGUUUCAGUAUGAUAAGUGUUGAUGAUAUAAGCUCUUCAAUUCAUAGAGCUGCUUUAACCCUAAGAGAUUGUUCACCCGAUGAAUUACAUUUAUGUACUAGAUAUUCUUCAAUUUUAAUGUAUCUAUAUUCUGAGAUGAAAUCAAAGAAAAACGAAAGUGAAGAAGUUGAAGAACAAAUUCAAUCACAACCGCAUCAACAAAAACAAUUUUAUGAUCAAAAUCAAUUUACAAAACAAAACCCAACUCAACAACAAGAAAAACAAGGUCAAACAUCUCAUCAAUCAUCGCAAUCCCAGCCUCAACAACAUUUACCAGGAAGUUCAAAUAUUGAAAAAUCAUUACCAGAUACAUUUCCUUAUGGUCCUUACUUUAAACAUCCUAGUAAUAUUCCAACAGCAGCUACGUUAGCUACUCAAGAAUAUCAACAACCACUUUCUCAACAACAACCAACUCAACUGCAUCAACAAUCACCUUCACAACAAUACAUAAAUUCAGAAGAGAGCAUGAACAACAUGUAUUACAAUAAUACUAACACAACUACUGCUAAUAAUGCUAAUGUAAAUAGUGGUGGAACAGGUGGUGGAGCUGGUGGUAUAACUGGAGGUGAUUCAGAAGUCAUGGAUUGGUUUAUAAAUAAUCAAAACAUUGGAUUGGAUUUCGUUGCUCCUUGGACUGAAAUGAUUGAACAACAAUUGAAUUUAAAUGAUCAAUUUUGA